CAGGAGGCAAGCGUGUUAUACACACGCCUAUGGGUUUGUUGUUUGUUGGUGUGUCGUUGUCUCCAGAACUUUAUCAUUUGUAUACCAACCUUUACGAUUAUUACCAAAUUCUGGUUCCAACUGUACUGUUGCUACCUACUGGAUAUUUUUCUUUAAAUUGACUCACUUUUUUACGAAGCGUUUAAAUAGGUGCUACCCAAGUUAGCAUCGCCCUAAACAAUAACCGCGAAAUCUGGGGUUUGAUGUACUGAUUAUGGUGGGCGGUUUCCCCCUAAAACACUUUGAAAUACUUAGAUAUUGAAAAUCAAAAAGUUUGUGUACCAUAUAAAACCGACUUGUGUGAUACAUUUGGGAAGUACAGCAUUGUAUUAAUCAUUACAUAGAUCGUGGGGAUCUGGGUUUAACUCCAGUAGGUGUGGGACUUGAUUCAAUUCGACAGUGUUCCCUGAGUUGCUGUGUGCCAGGUAUGGGUGCUAGUCUCUUGGGACGAGCUGGAAAUUAAAAUGAAUAAGAAAGCUCUGGCCCUGAAAGAACUCAUCUUCUCUAGAGAAAAAGAUGUUUAUAUAAAUAACUAUAAAUAUAGAAAAUAAGUGUUUUAAUAGAAGCAUUAUUUUUCAGUAUGGUAGCUAUUUAGGAUAGAAAAUACAGGGAGCAAGUGGCCAAAUCUAUGGCUUUCAGAGUUGUCACAAAGCAGGAUAGACGGCCCAUGUCAUGCCUUUAAAGUUUUAUAAUUAAGUUGAAUUUAGAGAACAAUUUGAGAAUGUGUGAAUGCAAAAAUAUAUCAUAAAAAUUUUAAAAUGAAAAGGACAUAACAUAGAAGUCAAAUAACAGUAAGUGCAAUUUAAGCAAAAUUCCUUGGGUGAUGGAAAUGAACAUUAUUGACACUAUUUUUCAAAUGUAUCUUUAAUGAAUUCCUGAGGAAAGGAUAAAAGUCUUUCUCAGAAUCCUAAUAUUUUGUCAGAAUAGUAUAGUAAGAAGAACUUGGUUCUUAAAUUGCAUUCUUUCUUGAGAGCCUGAGACCAACAAAUCUAUUCAAAAUAAUGUUAGCACUACUCUGGAGGUACUUCGGAUGAUAGGUUGAAUUGGUGCUCAUGGAUUUGGAGUAUUGGUGAAUUGCUAAUACCCCAUGUUACCCCAUCACCCGAAGAGUCUGAGCAGAGAAUGGACUACACCGUGGGAGAAACUGCAAAGGUGUUGCUGGAGCAGACACAUUACUAGUUGUAUGAGAUGGCCUGGACAUUAUUCUCGUGCUCCUUACCCGUACUUCAGUAGUAGGCAUUUUUCACUAAAUUGGAGACCACCUUGUUUGUUUGAGACUAGAACUCAGUUUCAGUACUGGAACUGGAGACCUGACAACCUGAGCCAGACAUCUUUGAUUCAUCUUUCUAGUUACGUCAUGAACUCUGAGGGAGAUGAGCCUUCAUCAAAACGAAAAUACCGAGGCACAAUAAACCGACAUUGGGAAUAUAUAUGUAGCCAUAAUAAAGAAAAACCGAAGAUCCCAGGAGACAAAAAUGUUGCGCCCAGAUGUGAAGAUAGUGAGAACAAGUUUGACUUUUCAGUGAUGUCCUAUAAUAUACUUUCACAAGAUUUGUUGGAAGACAAUUCACACCUCUAUAGACACUGCCGGCGGCCACUAUUACACUGGAGUUUUAGGUUCCCCAAUAUUCUAAGAGAAAUUAAACACUUUGAUGCAGAUGUACUUUGUUUGCAAGAAGUUCAAGAAGAUCAUUAUGGAACAGAGAUCAGGCCAAGUUUGGAAUCGUUGGGUUAUCACUGUGAAUACAAAAUGCGGACUGGAGGAAAACCUGAUGGCUGUGCCAUUUGCUUCAAACAUUCCAAAUUUUCACUCUUAUCAGUGAACCCAGUGGAAUUUUACCGCCCUGAUAUACCUCUGUUGGACAGAGACAAUGUUGGCUUAGUGUUGCUCUUGCAGCCCAAGAUUCCGUGUGCUGCCUCUCCUGCUAUCUGUAUAGCUAACACACAUCUAUUGUAUAAUCCAAGGCGAGGUGAUAUUAAGCUGACCCAGUUGGCAAUGCUACUGGCAGAGAUUUCCACUGUUGCCCGUCAGAAGGAUGACAGCUUCUGCCCUAUUGUUAUGUGUGGUGACUUUAAUUCUGUUCCUGGUUCUCCACUCUAUAGUUUUAUAGAGGAAGGGAAAUUAAAUUAUGAAGGACUUGCCAUAGGAAAGGUAUCUGGCCAGGAACAGUCUUCCCGGGGACAAAGAAUUUUAUCUAUUCCAAUUUGGCCCCCAAACCUAGGUAUCUCACAGAACUGUGUGUAUGAGGUACAGCAGGUACCAAAAAUAGAAAAGACAGACAGUGAUCUGACACAAACACAGCUGGAUAAAACAGAGGUCGUAGUGACAGCUGACAAAUUAUCUUCAAAUUUAAAGCACCAUUUCAGCUUGUCAUCUGUUUACUCACAUUACUUUCCUGACACUGGAAUUCCAGAAGUGACCACAUGUCAUUCCCGAAGUGCCAUAACUGUGGAUUAUAUUUUCUACUCUGCAGAAAAGAAAGAUGUUUCUGGGCAACCAGGAGCUGAAGUCGCUUUGGUUGGUGGCUUGAAACUUCUAGCUAGACUGUCACUUCUUACAGAACAAGACUUAUGGUCUGUUAAUGGACUUCCAAAUGAAAAUAACUCUUCAGAUCAUCUGCCUUUAUUAGCUAAAUUCAGACUUGAGCUCUGACUCUUCUUUCAUUACAUACAUAAUUUUCUUUCCAUCUUGUAUUCUUUUUGAAAGAAUAUAAAGUCAUUAAGAGUUUGCAUGUUGUUUAUUUUUUACAUUGUGGAAUUUCUGAAGAGGUUAUGUUAAAUGCUUGAAUCAGCUAUUGGGCAGAAAAGUUUACUAGAGUUUUCUUUUUUAAUAGUGAAAAAUAUUUUCCUGACAAGAGAGAUCUAAAUGCUCUUUAUUGUAAAAGAGAUGUAAAUGGUUUGUAUUGUAAAUCUCAGUAAAAUUGGCUGUGAUUUUUAAAUAUAGUGUUUCUUCUUUGGUCCUCUUGGUAAAGAAUUUCAUGUUUGGGGCAAGUUUUAUAGUGGAUCCAAAGUAUCUUUCAUUCUUGCAAACCACGAGUAGUUUCCUUUCUAGAAGGCCUGAUUUCAUUGGUAGAACUUGGUGUUUUUUAAGUCCUGAUUAGUUCAUCUCAUUAAAUUAUUGGAUUAUUCAUAAGUGUCCAACCAACCAUUUUAGGUUAUUUUUGAAUGGGCUAGAUACUGCUUUUUAAAAUUGUACAAAAUGUUUAAUCCAUUUUGUUAUGAAACUCUGGAGGUGUAUGCCCUUGUUUUCCUAGCAAUCUUUUUCUUUUUUCUAUUCAGUUUCAAGAAAAGACUUCUGGGUUGGGGGAAGAGAUUUUAUUUUACUGAACCAGUUCUGUGGAAAUUUAUUUUAUUAGGAAAAUUGUCUUUGGAACAAAGUGGCAGCUCUAAGAUUAUUUUUGUUAUGCUUUCAGAAAUGUGAGGAAGCCUGCAAAACUCUAGGGAGAUACCAACUUUGAGACCUACUCUUCUUAAGUAGUAAUUUUAAUUGUUGGUUUUAAUAGUUUUGUUUCUAAAAUUUUUAUGCUUUGUUUUCUUUUAUUAUAAUGAUGCACCAUCAUGAGAAAAUGGUGCCAACUUUUUUUAUGAAGUGGUUAAGAGAAGGUCUCAUAAAUCCUGAAGUUGGCUUUAUUAUCAGUGUUUGAAUCAAAAGUUUUAAAACAUAAAAAGUGAAAAAUUAUUCUGUUUUAAUAUUGGUAUCAAAGAAUUAUGUGCAUCUUUAUGAAGUAAUUUGACAUUAAAGUCUAAAAGAUUUUUCAAUGGGUUUUAUUAAUAGAAUAUUUCAUCUUAAAUAGAAAAGCAGUAGUUAGUUCAUUAUCUUGGAUUUUAAAAGUUUCUGCACAAAGCAUUUUAUCAUAAUUAUUUUUUAAAACUAAAAUUAACCAGAUGAAAACCCCAGAGAAGGCAUGUCGAGUAUAAGGAUUUGCCUAGUAAAAAUGUAAUAAGCAAGUACUUUUAAAUGUUUAAUUUUUCUUUUUUUUUUUUUUUUUGGUUUUUAUUUAUAGUAUUAACUAUAGUUCCAGGAUUUUCUACAUUUUCUAAUAAUGGUUUGUAGAAAUUAUAUGUCCUAAUUAGCAGAUACAGUUAUCAUCAAAGUAAUAACAGAUAGUAUAAUUAUCCCUUUUUAAUGUUGGGAAAAUAAAAUGGAAAUUCAUUUGAUUAAUCACUGCUUUGUAUUGUUUGAGUUUUAUUUACAAAUAACUUUAUAUGUACGUCAUUGUUAACAAAUUGACAUCCCUGAAAACUUCUGUGAAAGUAUAAUUUUUCAUAUCUUGAUCAAUAUAUUGUGAUUUUAGUCUCUUUUCAUGUGCUUUACUUUGAUAGUUAAUCCAUAAAAUUGCUUUCUAUUCUAGUUUAUAGAAUGAAGUAUUAUUUUCUGGACUGGAAGCUAGAGAGGGUCAGUGUAACAUUCUCACAGAUUUUUGAAGCUCCAUUAGAAAUAAUUAUCUACUUGUCUUUACUUUUCUUGGUCAGGGGAGUGGGGAAGUCUGCUGGACCCUCAUAUUUACCUGCCCCAAAUAAUAAAAUCUGGCUAAAUACUAAAACUAAAUCUCCCACCCUGUCUCAAGUGCCAUACUAUCCAAGUUUUAAAUAGAAACUGUAGAGUAAUGAAAUUUUGGUUUUAUUAUACCUUUUGAAAUCAUAUUAUUCAUGUUUGAAUUUUUUUUUUUUUAAUUUAAAAACUGUCUUCUUUUAUUUCUUUGCUUUCCUAAAAACAAACUUAAAGACAGAGUUCAAGGGGUUAGGGAAACAGGCUUUAAGUCAUUUGCACUUUAUACAUGUAAAAUACCUAAUAAAUUAUUAUACUAGUA